CCCUGCCCGGCGCGAGCUGGAGGAGGAGCUGCAGCGGCCGCGGCUACUCGGGCAGGUCGGUGGCGCCAGGGGAAGCUACCGACGGUGCGGGCUGCCGGUCCCAGCGUGCAGGAGGCGCGGGCGGCGCUGGGGCCAUGGAGCCUGGUGACGCGGCGCGCCUCGGCCCGGGGCGGGCGGCCCGGGCGCUGCCAACGCGGCUGCUGCUGAUGCCGCUGCUCCCGCUGCUGCUGGGUCGGGGGCUGCGCGGGGCGGCCGCGGCCUCCUCCUCUGGGGCGGCGGCUGAGGACAGCAGCGCCAUGGAGGAGCUCGCCACGGAGAAGGAGGCAGAGGAGAGCCACCGGCAGGACAGCGUGAGCCUGCUCACCUUCAUCCUGCUGCUCACGCUCACCAUCCUCACCAUCUGGCUUUUCAAGCACCGCCGGGUUCGCUUCCUGCACGAGACCGGGCUGGCCAUGAUCUACGGACUCAUCGUCGGGGUGAUCCUGAGGUAUGGCACCACUGCCACCAGUGGUCAUGACAAGUCACUCAGCUGCACUCAGGAAGACAGGGCCUUCAGCACCUUAUUAGUGAAUGUCAGUGGGAAGUUCUUUGAAUACACCCUGAAAGGAGAAAUCAGCCCCGGCAAGGUCAACAGUGUAGAGCAGAACGACAUGCUGAGGAAGGUAACAUUUGAUCCAGAGGUUUUUUUCAACAUUCUGCUGCCUCCAAUUAUUUUCCAUGCUGGGUACAGUUUAAAGAAGAGACACUUUUUCAGAAAUCUUGGGUCUAUUCUGGCCUAUGCCUUCUUGGGGACUGCUGUUUCCUGCUUCAUUAUUGGAAAUCUCAUGUAUGGUGUGGUGAAGCUCAUGAAGAUUGUGGGGCAGCUCUCGGAUAAAUUUUACUACACGGAUUGCCUUUUUUUUGGAGCAAUUAUCUCUGCUACUGACCCAGUGACUGUACUGGCGAUAUUUAAUGAAUUGCAUGCAGACGUGGAUCUUUACGCACUUCUGUUUGGAGAAAGUGUCCUAAAUGAUGCUGUUGCCAUUGUACUGUCCUCGUCUAUUGUUGCCUACCAGCCAGCGGGGCUGAACACUCACGCCUUUGAUGCUGCUGCCUUUUUUAAAUCAGUUGGCAUUUUUCUAGGUAUAUUUAGUGGCUCUUUUACCAUGGGAGCUGUGACUGGUGUCGUGACUGCUCUAGUGACCAAGUUCACCAAGCUGCACUGCUUUCCCCUGCUGGAGACUGCACUCUUCUUUUUGAUGUCGUGGAGCACGUUCCUCCUGGCGGAAGCUUGUGGGUUCACAGGUGUGGUAGCUGUCCUUUUCUGUGGAAUCACACAAGCUCAUUACACCUACAACAAUCUGUCAGUGGAAUCCAGAAGCCGAACGAAGCAGCUCUUUGAAGUAUUACACUUCCUGGCAGAGAACUUCAUCUUCUCCUACAUGGGCCUGGCACUGUUUACCUUCCAGAAGCACGUUUUCAGCCCUGUUUUCAUCAUUGGAGCUUUUGUUGCCAUCUUCUUGGGGAGAGCCGCCCACAUCUACCCACUUUCCUUCUUCCUCAACUUGGGCAGAAGGCACAAGAUUGGCUGGAAUUUUCAACACAUGAUGAUGUUUUCAGGCCUCAGGGGAGCGAUGGCAUUUGCACUGGCCAUCCGAGACACAGCAUCCUACGCACGCCAGAUGAUGUUCACGACCACUCUCCUCAUCGUCUUCUUCACUGUCUGGAUCAUUGGUGGAGGCACGACGCCCAUGUUGUCAUGGCUUAAUAUAAGAGUUGGCAUCGAGGAGCCCUCCGAAGAGGACCAGAACGAACACCGCUGGCAGUACUUCAGAGUUGGUGUCGACCCAGACCAAGACCCACCACCCAACAACGACAGCUUCCAAGUCUUACAAGGGGAUGGUUCAGAUUCUGCCAGAGGAAACCGAACAAAGCAGGAGAGUGCAUGGCUAUUCAGGCUGUGGUACAGCUUUGAUCACAAUUACCUGAAACCCAUCCUCACGCACAGUGGCCCCCCAUUAACCACCACCCUCCCAGCCUGGUGUGGUUUGCUCGCUCAGUGUCUAACCAGUCCCCAGGUAUAUGAGAACCAAGAGCCACUGAGAGAGGAAGACUCUGAUUUCAUCCUGACCGAGGGCGACCUCACCUUGACCUUCGGGGAUAGCACAGUGACUGCGAACGGCUCCUCAGGUUCCCACACGGCCUCCAUGAGCCUCGAGGGUGGUCGGAGAAUGAAGAGCAGCUCUGAGGAGGUGCUGGAACGAGACCUGGGAAUGGGAGACCAAAAGGUUUCCAGCCGGGGCACCCGCCUGGUGUUCCCCCUGGAGGAUAGUGUGCGCCUUCCCGCCCAGAGCCCUGAGUGAUGGGGUGGGGGAGGACCCACUGGCGGGUUGAGGAUGGCUGCAAGCCCCAGCAUUGUUGAGAUGGGGCCUUGACUGAAUGGAACUAACACUUCUGUUUUAUUGGGGUCUGAAGAUAUCUUAUUUAAAAUUUCAGCCAAGAUGCAGCUGGUAGGGUGAAAGUGUCUCUAAAUCAAGGCAAAUGCAGACCUAUUCCCACUUUUUUCACAUUGUAGUGCACUGUUCAGAGUUAAACAAAUAGCAUGCUUUAACGCUGUCUUCAUUCAUUCACCUGCAGAUCUGAAUAAGGUGUGGCAGGUGGUGGGGGUUCCUCCCAGGAGAGGCUUCGUAUCCAGACACAGCGGUGUAGGUUUCAUUGGCUAUAGGCAUACAAGGAGAGAACAGGCUAAGAUUGUGAAGGAUGGCAGUUGCUAUUAGAUCUCCAAGGACGGUGAGAAACUGGUGUUAAAUGGACAGAAAACAUGAGAAAGCAAUUUGACUGGAGGUUCUAGCAACAAGGUUGUGUGACUGCACCCUCCUAUCAGGAUUCCUGCCCCUUUUUGACUCCCCAUGUUUAUUCUAGACUGAAGACUGGAAAAUAUGUCCAUGAACAUUUCAACAUGGAGGAAUGAAUUCCAAUUCCUUCUCUGGAAAUCUCCAUAAGGAAGAAGUUACUGGAAUGUUUGAAACCAAAGGCAAAAUAGUGUUAUACUGUUGUUUUUAACUAAUCUGAGUACAGGAGAAACUGUUUAGAAACUGAUGGUGAUAUCACUGCAAAAAUCUGUAAGUUCUCAAGGUAUUCCAUAUGAGCUGACUGCCUGGGAAAUAAUGAAUAGGAUUGGGUUUUACUGUGGCUUU